AUUCCGCCGUACGUCAUACGUUGACCUUGGGAUUAUCAUUGGAGAGGGAACUCGGCAUGACUAACUUGACAAUUCUAGUGAUUUUUGCUUGGAAAUGGCGUAUAAGAAAACAAACGAUCCUGAUAUGGAGAUUUUAAGGCAGGAACUUCCAGGGCCACCAAGCCUGGAAUUAUCGGUGGUCGAAAUAGAGAAAUCGGGUGGAAAGAUUCACGCAGCGUAUUUAUUUGAGGAGGAAGGCAUUCCAGUAUUACAGAAAAUGUGCUUGCUCAUCAGUUCCACACCGACAGGAAAAACUUAUUCGGCAACAUGGCAACAUUUUGGUGCUCAUCUGGGUCUCAGCAGAGAGCAAAUGCAAUGUAUUGAAUAUGAUUUUAAAGGUCUGCAGGAUCCGACUUAUUACGUUUUACUGACAUUCGUACAAUCUGUUGAUGCAACGAUGGACAAAAUAUUGGAAGCAUUGAUGAAAAUGGAACGUUGGGACAUUAUUCACAGACUUUUCGAAUGUCUGAAACUCUUUAUGAAUAAUUUAUGCAGAAAUAUUCAGGAUGAUGACUUUUCUCGACCUGAAUGUAUUCCCAAGGUUCCACUAGUUUUGAGUCCAACGAUUCCCUUGAGCAUUCUCAAUAUUAAUCGAUUAAGUUCGAAAAUUCAUACUGCAUAUUUAUUUGGGUCUAGUGGAAUCCCGAUGCUUCAAAAAAUUUGUCGCUCGGUGGGAUACACGCCAGCGGGAAAAACAUACAAUGGGUGGCAGGAAUUGGGACUCCACCUCGGUCUCACCAAAGCUCAAUUACAUUAUAUAAAAAAUGAUUUAAAAGGUCUGCAAGAUCCUGCUUAUUAUGUCUUAUGGAUAUUCGUACAGUCUACCGAUGCAACAAUGGAUAAAAUAUUAAAUGCAUUCAUAAAAAUGAAUCGUUUGGAUAUUAUCGACAGACUUUGUGAGCCUCUAAUGCUUUUCAUCAAGCAAUUGAAUAUAAAUUCUCAGUCAACAGGUAUCUUGCGACCCAAAUUCGUUCUAGAUGUUCCCUCAGUGUUGACCUCAAUAUCCAAUUCAACGGACAUGAAUUCUGGGAGGAUUAACCCCAUAGCUGAUGAGGGUAAAAUUAAUAAUUAUGGAAUUAUUGUGAUGUUGACGUUUACAGCGGAUGGACAGGAAGAUGCACAAAAUAUCAGUCGGAAGUUCAGAGAGAAAAAACCAAGGAUCGGUGUUGUAACUCUCCAAGAGCAAGCUAAGCUUGUAUAUUGCAAAGCCGAAGAGUUCAUUGAUGAUUGCUUUAAGCAGGUCAACUACGUCAUUCCAAUACUGACCAAAGGCUACGUUCAACGGAUUAUUGACGCCAACAGCUUCUGCUAUAGAUCUGAAGAAAAUUCUCUCGACUCGAAGUACCUAAAUUACGUUUACUCUUUGCUGAGAUUUGAGUACGUACAGAAUAACUGCUACAACUAUAGAGUCAGAUGCCUCGUACCUGACGUACAAGUUCCAACAGUGAUAAAAUCAGAUCUGCAUCCUACGCUUCAAGCCUGGUUUCGCAUGUCUGAUAUCAACGAUUUUGCUGACAAUAUCCUGUUGAAAAACAUUUGAAAAAUCAUCAACUCACCUACGUAUGAAAAAAUCUCCGUGAGAACCCUCAUGCUGCGUUAACUCCUCUUCUUCAGCAUUACUGAUGGUGU